AUGCCCUCCACAUCGGCGGCGGCGGCUUCGGCUGUCGUCAGCCUGUUACGAGAAUAUCCCGGUGCCCCUCUACUGGCCCUUGGGCUAUUGCUGUGGGCGUACUCGACGCUGCUCGACCUCCUCUCCCUCAUGCCGUCCGUCAAAGAUAUUCUCACCUUCUGCGUGAUGUUGACCGCAAUCGGACUCUUCUUGUGGCUGAUGGUGAGCCUCACCAAGCCUACCAUUCCCUCGCAGCAUGACAGCGAGGCAAUGGACGACAUCUGGUCGUCUGAGGACCCCGGACCCGACUCGGCGACGGAACAUCACCAGCAAGAGGCGCGACGUCCACCGCAGGAUCAUCACCAACAGCAAAAGGAGGAGCACCCGCGUCAACAUCACCACCAGCGGCAGCAGGAGCAGCGCCCACAGGAGGCGUACCAGACUCACGGCGAAGAAGCGCUUCCCCGUCAGGAGCCAGCGCGCCCUAUUCCUCGUCAGGUAGAUUGGUACCCGCGACAUGCUCGAGACAUGGAGAACGAGUGCAAGACUGUGUCUGUUUGGUCUUCGCCAGGCGGUGAGACUUGCUCUCGACCAAAUCUUCCGCCUGUAAAACAUCCCAAGAUCGGCUACGUGGAUCUCGGCGGCGUAUACCAACCCGUUGAUGCUAAGCAGAAGGCGGAGUUUGACGCAGCCGAAGAAGCUAGACGACAGCCUGCACCACGCAGCACCGUUGCGCCCAAGGAGCAGAUCACUCCGUCUUGCGAAGAGCUCUCCAAAUCCGUGGCUGAGGGUCGACAGAGGAGAGUCGAAUGGGCCUGCAUUGCGAGGCUUCCAGCUUUUGUGCGCAAGGAUAGCUCCAGUCUGAAGCAUUGCUUUGGACGAUGUGCGGAUCUCUGUUACAUCAUACAGGAUCCCUACAAGAGCACCUUUUCUCCCGUCGGCAUCAACGUCAGCAAAGGUGAGUUGCUAGAAAUUCAGACCCCGUCGCUGAUCAAACUCGACAAAGCGGGGGUCUGUUCCACCGGCCCAGAUCAACUGAAGAUCGAGAAGAUCUGGAUCUCGGAGCUCCCUGCUCAGUUUCGGGACAGCGAAGGGCGCUUGAAGAACUGCUUGGGCAGACUCGGCGACUUCUUGUACGUGGUGCUCGACUCGGUGAUUGGGCGUACAUUACUCCAUGUCCAGAAUCUAUACUUCACUCCCUACCACUAUCCACUCCAGUGGUUGGAGCAAGUUUCCACUGCUGUUGCCCCUGCGGAGACCACGAAGGAAGAAAAGGUCGACCAGUCGCGUAGCGGCCAAACAGAUCAGCAGAGCCAGAUCCAGCUGUAUACGGCGGGUAACACGAAUACCCUUGGAUCGGCUAGCGGCCCUGCUGUCAGUGGUCAGAACGGCGCCAUGCUUGGAGGUGUUGUUGGAGGGAUUGGACCAGUGAUCAGUCAUAGCGGCCAAACAAAUCAGCAGAGCCAGAUCCAGCUGUACACGGCGGGUAACACGAAUACCCUUGGAUCGGCUAACGGCCCUGCUGUCAGUGGUCAGAACGGCGCCAUGCUUGGAGGUGUUGUUGGAGGAAUUGGACCAGUGAUCAGUCGUGGUCAGACUACCACCAGCAUCAACGGCGGCGCGAACGACAACACUGGCCAGAAUAAUUCUGGCUCGAGUAGUCAGACUGUCGGCUGCACCAACACCGGUACCAGCUUUGGAGGGAAUACUCGAGCCAAAUUUUCAGGCUACGGUGUCCCAUCUAUAAGCAUCGUCAACAAGCCUCUCAUCCUCAGCAGCAGAACUCAUGACCUGGACAUUGAGAUGACAGACGCGCCUCUUCCACAACCUCCACAGCAGCCUGCCCAAGCACCAGUUGCACCCGUUGGACAUGGCUCGUUGUUCCAGAAUGGCGGCUCCGGUCAGAGCACUGGAAAUUUCGGCGGUCUCUCGACACCUGCCAACAACGCUGGAGACGUGCACCCAUCCCCUGCGCCUGCGCCUGCGCCUGCGUCUGCGCCUGCACCGUCCUUUGGACUUUCUUUGCCAGGUCUUGGCGCGCCAGUAUCUGGUCCCUCUCCCAGCGCCUUUCCAGCAAUAUCAAGCAACGGAGCAAGCUCACAAGCUGCCUGGCCAUCCAAGGGCUUCGGAACAACAGGCAACCAGACGAGCUUCGGAGGUCAGAAGACUGACGGGCCCAUGCAGUUCAGCACUAUUGCAAAUACGUCUGGUCCAUCUGGAUUGUUCCCGCCAAAGACAUCCUCCUCUGCCAGCGCCACUGCGCCAAAUCAAUCGGCGAUGGGUGCUCCUCUGUUCUCAAGCUCGAGCAAAGGCACCUCUGGGGACUUGCCUGGGCCAUCUGCACUGUUUCCGCCGAAGACGUCCUCGUCCGCCAGCGCGACUGCGCCAAAUCAUUCCGCGACGGGUGCUUCUCUGUUCUCAAGCUCGAGCAAAGGCACCUCUGGAGACGUGCCUAGCCCAUUCUCGGCCGCUCAGCAGAAUGCAGUCAAGAAUCUGACUGCGUCGCUUGGUGCACAGACGAGCGCGAACAACAGCUUCUCUGCCACGACUUCUGCGUUUGGCAAAGACAACGGGCCUGCUGGUGGUGCAGUUCCGAAUGCCUCGCAGCCCUCGCAGUCUACUUCGACCAGCGCUCAGUCUUCUGUCGGCCAGCCAACAGCAGGACAGCCGCCCAUGAAGGCGACUCCGGCAUUUGGCACCUUUGGCCAGUCUACCAAUGGCUCCUCCACCCGUGAGGGCAACGGCAACGUGGUCGAUGCCACCUCCGGCAUGAUUUCCCAAGGUCCGAAAGGCAAGCGCCGUGCAAGUGCGUCCGAAGGCGCUUCAGAUUCGACGGAGGGCGUAACGUCUGCAUCCGGAUCCAACGGCACAGCACCAGCUCUUGGGACGCAGUCGACAGCAAAGAAAGCAAAGACAUCGGGCGUACCGGUCGGAUCUGACCCUCAUGGCCCAACAUCAGCUCCAGGACUAUCUCAGAAGAGUCCAGUGUCCAAUUUUGGCGGCGGUGCACUCUCCAAGGCAUCAUUCUUUGGAGCCCGCGAGCCUAGUGCAACAACGCCUUUGGGUGAAAGUGCUGAUCCAAUACCAGCUCCAGGACUAUCUCAGAAGAGUCCAGUAGUCGAUUUUGGCGGCGGUGCACUCUCCAAGGCAUCAUUCUUUGGAACCCGCGAGACUAGUGAAACGCCUUUGUUUGGAAGUACCGAUCCAUUUGCUCAGCUGGCAGAUGUUAAGCGGGCAGAUGCUAAGCGGGCGGAAGAUGCGAAGCGGGCGGCAGAUGUGAAGCAGGCGGCAGAGGCUAAGCAGGCGGCGGAUGCUAAGCGGGCGGAAGAUGCUAAGCAGGCGGCGGAUGCUAAGCAGGCGGCGGAUGCUAAGCGGGCGGAAGAUGCUAAGCAGGCGGCGGAUGCUAAGCGGGCGGCAGAUGCUAAGCUGGCGGCAGAUGCCAAGCAGGCGGCAGAUGCUAAGCAGGCGGCAGAUGCUAAGCUGGCGGCGGAUGCUAAGCAGGCGGCAGAUGCUAAGCUGGCGGCGGACGUUCAGCUGGCGACAUCCACUUCCCGCUCAGAAGCAGCUGGGUCGGCACCGCGGGACUUGGAAAGCUGCCAAAACGCGGACCAGAAGACUGAGUGGAUCCGCACCGAGCUGAUGGAGGCAUUCUCGCCGCUAUUCACAUUGGCGAAGCUCCGCCCGUUGAGCCAGUUGGCUACCGAUGACGAUCCCGGAUUCUCGCAGGUAUGCGGAAAUCUGGCAAAUGUUCUGCAGGAGAUUCUUGACCAGGGAGCCCCGUUAACGAAGGGCAAAGGCAGCGUGAGGAGGUGGGUAUGGAGACGGUUGCCGAAGUCAGCUGCUCAAGACGCUGGCAUGAAAGGCAAGAAGUAUGAUGAUAUGCGCCAUGUCGUCCAGACUCUUGCCUCCGACGUCACAAUCCACGUCAAAUCCCUCAGCAAGGCUCACGAUAGAUUCAAAGAUAUCGAGAGGGCUUGGAAGCUCGAGUAA